AUGGGCCGGAGACAACUGACCGUCUUGCAUCCUCCAAAGUUCCAGAACGAAAAAUUCCUCGAUUACGCUAAAGGUUCUCCAGAGAGAGCCUCACUCCAGAAGGCCUUGAGACGGCUUAAAGGCCAGAUACCUGUCCAGAUCCCAGUCACUGUCAAUGGAACUACGCUGAAAUCCAGUGACUUUCAAUCACAAGCGAAUCCAUCGAAGCACAGCGAGACUGUAGCUCAGUAUGCCUGUGCUACGCCGGACCAGGUCAAUGCAUCCAUUGAUGCUGCAUUGAAGGCCAAGCCUGCCUGGGAGGCUCUUCCUUUCGAAGACCGCGCCGCUAUCUUCCUGAGGGCCUCGGAGCUCAUUGCUGGUAAAUACCGAUCCGACGUUGUUGCUUCGACCAUGCUUGGUCAAGGCAAGAAUAUUUGGCAAGCGGAAAUUGAGGCUCCCACCGAGACCGUCGACUUCUUCCGUUACUAUGUUCAAGAAGUCUGGAAGCUUUACUCGUACCAGCCGACAGAGCAGCCCGACGGAAACUGGAACAAGAUGGAGUAUCGUCCGUUGGAGGGUUUUGUUUACUCUAUCGCUCCCUUCAACUUCACUGCUCUUGGCGCAACACUUAUCGGGCCGGCUGCUCUGCUCGGUAACGUCGUUAUCUGGAAGCCCUCGGCCUACGCCAUGCAUUCGGCCUACCUCAUCCAUCAGAUCCUCCUGGAGGCUGGACUUCCCAAAGAUGUGAUCCAAUUUCUCCCAGGUGAUGCCGAGGAGAUCACCAACACCGUCCUCAAGCGGCCCGAGUUCGCCGCCAUCAGCUUUAUCGGGUCCACCCAAGUCUUCAAGGGGAUUCAGAAGAAGAUCGGAGACGGCGUGGGCAAGGGCAUUUAUAACUCGUACCCCCGAGUUGUUGGCGAGACCGGCGGCAAGAACUGGGGUGUGGUCCAUCCCUCGGCUGAUGUCAAGAGCGCAGCCUUCCAUACCAUCCGUGGAGCUUUUGAAUAUCAGGGCCAAAAGUGCUCCGCGUGCUCUCGGGUAUACGUUGCAGAAUCCGUCUGGCCAGAGUUCAAAAAUCACCUUCAAGAACAGCUUUCCAAGCUCAAGGUUGGCAACGUGGAGGAGUUCGACAACUUUAUCACCCCGGUUAUUCAUGAGGCCUCAUUCGAUAAACUGAAUAAGGUCAUAGAAGACGCCAAGAAUGACCCCGAACUUGAGCUUAUUGCAGGAGGGAAGGCCUCCAAGGAGGACGGCUACUUUGUUCAUCCGACGGUCUAUAAGACGUCCAACCCGCGACAUGACAUCAUGUCCCGUGAACUAUUUGGCCCUAUCCUAAGCAUUUAUGUCUAUCCUGAUGCCGAGUGGGAGAAGACCCUUGAGCUUGUUGAUACGACUUCGCGCUACGGUCUGACUGGUAGCAUCUUUGCAAUGGACCCAUAUGCAUCACGACAAGCACAGACGAAGCUCAAGCAUGCUGCGGGCAUGUUAUAUAUCAACACAAAGUGCACGGGAUCCGUCGUCGCGCAGCAACCUUUCGGCGGUAGCCGAGAUUCCGGCACCAACGAUAAGACCGGCACUGUUGCUCAUCUUCAGCGCUUUACCAGCGUCAGAUCGAUCAAGGAGGAAUACAAUCCUCUGAACGAGAUCCAGUACCCUUCUAACGAGGUGUAA